AUUUAUUUGAUCAUUCAAAUAUGAAUGAUUUCCCAUAUUGUGUGUGACUUCUGGUGAGCUUAGGUAGUUCUACAUUAUAAUGUAAUUAUACUGUACUGCACAGUUUAUCAUAACCCAAAUUAUCUUUAUUUUUCAGUCCUGAGAAAUGCUUUACAGCGAUUAUGUCCCUCAUGUAAUGUUAUCGUGAACAUUAAUCAACAUGUCUGCAAGUGUGGCUAUAGGCUUUUUGAUGUCAAACGUAAAGCUCAGCCGGAAAGCCAGGCUCAGGCAAAUAUCAAGAGAUCAGAAAAGAAAAAAACAUAUACCUGUUGUACAUGAUGAGUUGCAUAAAAGUGUGCAAGAUUUACAACACCAAAAGAAAUUGAAGGAGAUUGAAGAGGAGAUAACAAGGCUUCGAGCAAUUUAUGAUUCCCAAAAUAACAACCCAAAAUGGCGGACAAUUAUGUACACUGGCACUUCGUCUAGAAAAAGCAGAGCUUUAGGCACACCAUCAAAUCCUUUCCCUUGCAGUCAUGAAGUAAUGAAGCCUCCAGUUUCUGUUGUAGACGUUAUACCCCAAAAUAUCAAUGAGUCUCCCGGUACUGCUGCUGUUGAAGUGUUACCUGAAAACUUUGAUGCCGCUACCGAACUUGCUGCAGAAAUAAAAAAAAUCCAAGAAUCGCAAGUGAAGAUUUCUCAAUGGCAGCAAAGAAGAAUGAAGGCUGAAAUUUCUUGGGAAGAAAGUCGGUCAGUUCUAUUUGAGUGGGAGGUGUGUAGGCACGCUGUUCCAGUUGAAGGCAGGUAUGACCUUUAUCUGCCCAUAUUUGAGUGUCAAGAGUGUGGAUACAGUCUUCCUGCAGAUGCUAAGAUGUUGUAUGAUGGUGGAUACUUCUGCUCAUCAGCCAAGAAAAGUAACACAUUCUUCAGCACCAAACUCCUGAACAACUGGCAUUUCCUUAAAAGGAACAGUCCAGGUUUAUCAAUGAAAUCCUUGUUAAUAGCGCUCCAAGCGCUUGGCUCUCAUAAUGGAAGAGAUGGUUGCAUCAACUUUGAAGCUGCUAAAAGAACAUUCCAGGAGUGGAGAUUUAUGCAGUAUGAACUUGCAAAUGUCCAAAGCUACAAUAAGACCGUGUGCCCUGCUUGUCAUACUAACCCAUUGCCAUACAUAUUGAUGGCAACAAAUAUAUGA